CUUUCAGAUGAAGGAAUUGAAGCUUGCACAAAUUCUUCUGACAAAGUCAAUAUAAGUGACAUUAUCCUGGUUGCCCUUAAUACAGAUUUAAGAACCAUUGGCAAGAAAUUCCUCCCCAGUGACAUCAAUGGUGGGAAGGUGGAAAAGCUGGAAGGGCCUUGUGUUCUCCAGAUACAAAAAAUACGUAAUGUUGCUGCACCAAAGGACAAUGAAGAAUCUCAGGCUGCUCCCAGAAUGCUGCGUUUGCAGAUGACUGAUGGACACACAAGCUGCACAGCAAUAGAAUAUAAUUACAUGUCAAAAAUAAGCCUGAACACUCCACCUGGAACAAAAAUUAAGCUGUCGGGAAUUGUUGACGUGAAGAAUGGAUUCCUGCUUUUGGAUGACAAUAACAUUGUAGUUCUUGGAGGUGAAGUGGAGCAUCUUAUAGAAAAAUGGGAGUUACAAAGGAGUUUAGCAAAACACAAUAGAAGUAAUAUUGGAACAGAAGGUGGACCACCUCCUUUUGUGCCUUUUGGACAGAAAUGCGUCUCUCAUGUCCAAGUGGACAGCAGGGAACUUGAUCGAAGAAAGACUCUGCAAGUGACAAGUGCCACGAAAACCGUUGGAGAGAAUGAUGAAUUUGAAAAACAAAGAACAGCUGCCAUUGCAGAAGUAGCGAAGAGCAAGGAGACCAAGACUUUUGGAGGAGGUGGUGGCAAUACCAGAAGCAAUCUCAGUGUGAGUGCUGGAGGGAAUCGAAACAGGGAAGUGUUCCAGAAAGAAAAGAUAACAAAACCUGAGGGGAAGAAUGAAGGUGUUUAUCGAGAACUGGUUGAUGAAAAGGCUCUAAAGCACAUAACAGAAAUGGGUUUCAGUAAAGAAGCAGCAAGGCAGGCGCUUAUGGAUAACAGCAACAGCCUAGAAGCAGCACUAAAUUUUCUUCUGAACAGCAGUAAACAGAAACCUGUUCAGGGACCACCACCUAGAGGGAAGGGAAAGGGCCGAGGUCGGGUAAGACCUGAUGAUGAAGAGGAACUAGGAAAUGCCAGACCUUCUGCACCCAGCACAUUGUUUGACUUCUUGGAGUCCAAAAUGGGUACUUUAACAGUGGAAGAACCAAAAUCACAGUUUCAACCACAACACCAAGUACAACAUAAAGUAUUCAGUACUGAGCAGAAUGGCAUAAAAGAGAACCACCCAAGACAUCUUUCUCGAAGUGAUUCAAGACAACCAAGAAAUGAGAAACCCCCUCGUUUUCAAAGGGACAUUCAGAAUUCAAGACAGGCCUUGGAAGGUAGUGGGCCCCCACGAAACAGAGGCCCUGAAAGACACAACUCCUUAGGAUCAGAGCAAUGGACUGAGGAGAAAAAUAAAUGUGAUCGACCUAAUCCUAGAAAUGAUAGACCAAAGGAUCUUGCUUAUCCCACAGUCACUUACCAGAGUGAUUUUUCUUUUAAGAGGAGGGAUAACAAUAUGCAAAAUAGAUUAGGAAAAGGUGCAUUAUUCACGGAACUGAAAGAGAACUCUGGUAUUCAAGAUACCAUAAGUAACAAUAAUCUAAAACGAGGGAAAAGGGAAAACCAAAUACACAAUCCUGACAAUUUUUAUGACAGGAAAGCACGAACAAUAAGUAAUGAAACCUUCAGUUUAAAAAGUGAGCAACAUUUUGGUAUGAAUAGUGAAUACCAGAAUCCUAUUAGAACUGAUAGUUUUAAUGCUAUACCAAAUGGAGAUACCGAACAUCCUCAGAAAGGAAGACGAGUGGGACCUAUUAAAUCGCCAGGAUCCAAUGUGACUUCAACUUUUGAUGAUAAAAUAUUGUAUUAUAACACUGGACCCAAAAGGAGAUCGGGGCCCAUCAAGCCAGAAAAAAUAUUAGAACCAUCGAUUCCAGUGGAGUAUGGAAAAAGCUGGAGACCAGGGGAUGAAUGUUUUGCUCUUUAUUGGGAAGACAACAAGUUUUACCGGGCAGAAAUUGAAGCUCUUCAUUCAUCUGGAACAACUGCAGUUGUUAAAUUUUGUGAUUAUGGAAACUAUGAAGAGGUGCUACUAAGCAACAUCAGGCCCAUUCACGCAGAUGCAUGGGAGGAAGAAGAAACUUAUGAACAAACUCUAGAGUUCCGCAGAGGAGGUGAUGGUCAACCAAGAAGGUCUACACGACCUACCCAACAAUUUUAUCAACCCCCAAGGGCUAGAAACUGAAUAUAGGAAAUAUAAAGCAGUCUUCUCAGAAGAAAAGUCACUUUCUUACUGACAGCCCCAUGUUGCUCAAGACAUCUAGAAGAACUGACUUUUCCUAAGGAAUAAGAUGCAAUACAGAAGGCUGGCGUGAUCAGGACAAACUCAGAAAUGACCAUGCAAAAGAGACUUUUUAAAAGUUCCUAGUUGUUUGAAGCAAAGUACUUUUUACAGAUGAAAGAAGCAAAUUGUUAUUGCUGCCAUCAAUAAAACCACAGUGCACUAUU